CAAACAAACGACAACAGUGGGAGUGUGUGAUAAGACGAGCUUUUCUAUCACGGGAAUGGUGUUUUGACAUUUUACCGGCGAGUCUAAAAUGUCAAAAGUCACAGCUCAUGUGGGCGUCGCAUAUCCGUGCUCGCGACUAAGUCGUUAAGUUCCAGCAUGUAAUCUUCGAUUCGUUUUUCAUUUUCCCCAACCUUUUCGUCAACCCUACCAGCUGGUGCGGCAUUUUCGCGUUCUCUCUACGUGUGAUCUUCUGAAACAUGAUAGAUUUUGGCGUUGGGGUGAUUCUGCCGGCUGCAGGUGGAGGUGAGCGUUUUGGCGGUACCAUUGCCAAGCAGUACACCAUGAUCAUGGGCAAGCCAUUACUGUGUUACUCUGCGGAGGCAUUUCUGAAAAUCGCAUGGGUCAAGUUAGUCAUCCUUGUUGUUGAUGAUGUGCUGAAGGCCAAAGAGCUGAUUGAAUCAGCAAUUGGAUGCGAGCCUAAGUUAUUGAUUGUUAAAGGAGGAAAUUCACGCCAUCGAUCUAUUGAAGCGGGUUUACUGGAACUGCAGAAAAAUACCUCUGAUUUUAUUCUAGAAACUGUCAUUGUCCAUGAUGCCGUAAGGCCAUUGCUGCAAGUGAAACUUUUGGAAGAACUUGUGGUUGCAGCACGUAGUCAUGGAGCAUCCGGCGCCACCAGACCUUUAGUAUCUACUGUUAUUAAGCCAGACGCAGAUAACUUUUUGGAGGAAAGCUUGGAUCGAUGUCAAUAUGUUGCAAGUGAAACUCCUCAAGCAUUUCAAAUACCAAUAUUAAGCAGAGCGUAUAAAAAGUGUAGUGAUUUUGAACUGGACAAUGGCACAGAAUGCCUACAACUUGUUCUAAAACAUUGUGGAGUAAAGGCAAAGCUUGUGGCAGGUUCAGAUGAGCUGUGGAAAGUUACAUACAAAAAGGAUCUUCACUCAGCUGAAAAAUGUCUGAGAGAAAAGUACCUUAAAAUAUGCUUGAUCAUGUCAGAAGAAAUUGAGACAAAAGCAGUUUAUCUAGCGCAUAAUAAGUUGAAAAAUUUUGCAGACGUUGUUGAUGUUUCAACAAGUUUCAAAAGCUCUGCUUUUAAAGUCAAACAAGGUUUCAAGUACAAUGUGCUAGUUUUAUUUCAUAUGCAAGAAAUUCAACAGGAUGAGCAGCUGGCAGAAUUCAGUACACUUCUCAACAUCGAAGAAGAGGGCAUCAUUAUCCAUGUCAUUGAUCACUCGAGUGGGGAUGGAAUGCAGAACAUGAGUGUGUACGAGCUGCAUCGAAAUGGACGGAAAAUGGCUCACCAGUAUAAAAAACUGAACAAAGGUGUGAUUGUCAUCCAUCGUAUAAUGUCUGGAGAGAGUGAUGUUCAGCUCAUCGAUCUUAUUUCAAGUGUGAUUCAAGCAGACUUUAAAACUUACUCUGGCCAGACACUCUUUUUGUAAGAAUGAUUCAGCUCCAAGCAUCAAGGGCAUAAACUGUUAUGUUACCUACUAAAAAACGUUGAGCCCUGCCAAAUGGAAAAUAUUAAAUUAAACAUCUUCAAUGUUUCUCGUUCAUUAUGUAAAUUUGAGCUCACAUUUAACCAGCUUUAAACAAAUAUGUAUCUCUGUGCAUAACGAGAGAAUAUCUUCAACCCCUCUCACAAGGAUACAUGAAAUAUUCAAAUGUUAAAAUGUUUUAAUUGAAUACUUUGAUUUGAGGAACAUUGUAUUCUGUCAUUACAGGAACUCACUAGUGUAUUUUUGAGUUAUCAUUUAUUUCUAUCAGCUUCGUCAAUGAUUGUGAACUAUUAUUGAAAUGGUUUUUAUCGAUGGCUAAAGUGCAAAACCACGCAUCUCCAUUGCAGUGUUUCAAAAUUGAUGCUUUUAUUUUAUUUUUUCAAAGAGGAACAUACCAACUUUAUUUUUUGAUAUUCAUGCAGAAUGUUGUGCUAACAGAGAAAAAAAACAAGUCGAAAUUAAGUCGACUAGUCUCCCAGAGAAAACGAAGUUCAAACGCCGCAAAUAGAAAUAUGUUGUUUUGCACUUCGGCCUUCCAUACGUUUUGAAUCAAACUUAAACAAAAUUUUGAAUCAAAAAGUACUCUUGUUUCAGUUUUACUUACUCUGAUUUUGAUUUCUUAUUUUUUUUGCCAUAAGAUGAAACCUGUGAACUUUUAGACAUGUAGGUGCUUAUUUCUAAGUUAUCUGGCUCAAAGGUGGACAAUUUCAAAAAUACUUUCUCAGACUAAAUGUUAGUGAUAGCCGUAAAAGUCAUGAAAUAUUUGUGCGUCACCCAAAACUCGCAGCACUAAGAAUUUUUAGUCUCACUCUUGAGGAGCCAAUGGGCUCCUUGAAAAAGUGUGGAUUUAAGCACUACGCAACAUGGUUCCUCUUCAAAGUUUAAAGAGAAAAACGAAUCAUGCAUCAGGGAAUCUAGAAAUCACUCCUAAACAAGAUAUAAGUGCUUUUAAUUAACAUUGGUUCAAUUGCAAAAAUACAAAUGGCGAAAUUUGUAUCAUGUAACUUCCAUUGAUCUUCGUUAAAAAUACUUUUAAAUAUCUCAUUCAGGAGUUGAUUUUUCAACUUUCUUUUGUGCGAAACAAUUUCUACCUAAAAUUUUGAACAGGAGAAGUGUGACAUCUUUUUCUCGUUCAGACUUCGUUCAGAGGCCAAUAUUGUUAUCUUUCUACAUAAUUCUAAAAACACAAGCUACACCUAUUAAAAGUUCCUCAUAAAGGAAGGCUAGGACCUAUUUUUAGGACUCUCAUAAUUUGGACGUAUUUAAAGGAAAAGGAACUACAUAUCUCCAUUCUUACAGGGGCCCUGUUAUACAUGUAUACUUAUGGAUCUCAGGGUCCAGGUCAUGGUGGAGAUAGUUCCUUUUGAUUUGAAUGCGUCCAUUUGAACUCAGAAACUAUCUAAUCAUUUAAUUUAAAUUCUUCUUUUUUUCUUUUUUGUUUGGUUGUAGUAAGUACUUGUGUCUAAACUGUCUCUAAGUUAAUGUCAUUUGAAUGUAUGCUGUCCCUCCCAUUCUGAAAUCUUUAUGAUUGUAAUUUUUAAGUGGUUUCCCAUUUUGAGUUUUUUGCCAAUUCUCUAGGCUGUGCGAAGUUUAUUACAUGAUGUUUUUAAAAGUUUAGAAGUGUGUUUUCAGCAGGUUUUUCGACUUUGCUGAGACACUGAUCAGGGCAAGGUAUGUUUAUCUUGCAAAAAUCCAUGGGAUUUUUUAUAUUGAAGUUUCUUGGUUUCAUAUCCAUUACAGCAUUCAAGGUCUAUUUCUUUUCAAAAUCCCUUCUAACUGAGAAAAAUAACUGUAAUUUAUUGUAUUUAUGUUCCAAAUAACUAUGCCUCGCACUUACUCUUUGGACAUAUUUCUUUUUAGCAUAAAUACCUAUGUUUAAUUCAAAAAUAGGGUAACUGGAAGAUUAAUGUUCUUUUGCCGUGCGAGGAUAGGUAUUAAAAUGCUCAUAGAGCUGCGUCUAGCUCAUAAAAAGUUAAGAGUAUCCCUAUUUUAAAAUUAGAGGUAGGGAAGUUAAAGCCAGUAAUAAUAACCUUUGGUGCUUGUACUCAUCACAUAGGGAAAAAACUUAUAUUUUUUUUUCAAUUUUAGAAUAUAUUUGUAGAAAAUUAUAAAUGUGAAAAUCCGAUGAGUAUGCAACAACUCCAUAUUUUCUCAGGAGCAUAUACUUCCAAGUCAAAAAAUUAAUCCAGCUGGAAUUCAGAAGUAUGCUUUUGCAAAUGCUGCUGUGGCUCUAGAAAGUAAGAAACAAAUUAAAAUUAAGUAAAAUUAAUUAAUUUAACUUUAAUAUACCUAAAAUAAUUACAAAACUAUUGAACUCAGCUUAAAAUUCAUCUGCAUACCUUGCCCUGAUCAUCUAAGAAAAUACAACUAUUCUGCCAUCUUCUUUGCAAUAUUUUCCUGUGAAAACAAAGUUACUGCUUUGGAGUUUUUAAAGAAAUUCUGUACUUACGUAAUCUUAUUCUAAGUAUUUACUAUCUGGGAACAAGUUUUGUUGAUUCCCAUAAUGACAUGUUACCUGAAUCUUUGAGAUUUAUUAUAUUUUGAUAUUCAGUAUUUGUUAAACCAAGUUUGACCCACGUAUUUGUGUUUGUGAAAUGCAACGAAAUGAUCUCAACUGACGGAUUUAUCAUUCUGUUAAUUCAGCUGAUUUUCUGUACUGUAUAUUUAAAAGUUUUUGAAUGGGCAUUAAAUGUUUGUGACAAUUAAGUAAA